AUGAUCCAGCUCAAGACGCUCGUCAACUGCAUUGACAACUCCGGCGCCGCCGUCGUCGAGUGCGUCAAGGUGCUGCGCAGCAAGAGACCGGCCACGAUUGGUGACCGCAUUGUCGUCGUCGUCCAAAAGCAGCGCUCCUUCGGCCCCGAAUCUGGCGGCGGCAGUGUCUCCGUCAGCGCUGCGAACAAGGUCCGUCGUGGUGACAUUAGGCACGCCGUUGUCGUGCGGACGGCGAAGAAGAUCCAGAGGCCGGAUGGGAGCGUUGUCAAGUUUGACGACAAUGCCUGUGUGUUGAUCAACAAGUCGGGCGAGCCCAUCGGCAGUCGUCUGAACGGUGUCGUCGGUCAAGAGCUCCGCAAGACGCAGUGGUCGAAGAUCCUCUCUCUUGCCCCCAUGCACCUGUAG